AUGAGCUGGGGCCAAAUUCCGGCAGCUCUCAGCAGAGUCCCCCUGAGCCUCUUAGACAUAGUCCUGAAGGCUAUGGAAACUGCUGGAGAGCUCCGAACAGGGGAUGGCACAGCCACAGUGAAGUUUAGAAAAAUCACCGUGGCCUCACUGCGGGGUGUAGUUAAGGAGCAAGAGAACAGGCAGGAAGAGCAAUGGGAAGACCCCCUGAGGAAGGGACUCCUCCCAGCUGAGGAGUUGAUUAGAAGCAGCCUUGGAGUUGGCAGGAGCCUUAGAGACUGCCUGAGCCAGUCCAGGAAGCUGGCUGAGGAGCUUGGGAGCAAGAGACUAAAACCAGCCAAGUUUGGGACAGAAGGGAAGGAAAGGGUUGAGCAGUGAACAGAAAGACAAAGAACAGGCAGUUCCAAAGAGCCAAGAAUGCAAAUCAUUUGCAGACACCGCUAGCGAGAGCCUCCACCAAGGCUGCUGUGGGGGUGCCUGACGCUGUGGGCACAACCACUUCUACACGUCAUGGCAUAUGAGAAUAUAGGCCACUGGGAGAGACUCACAUCUGAGGUUUCUUCAAAAACACUGGAGCCCACAGUGAUCUCUCAUUCUUCCAUUUCUAUCACAUUUAGUCAUUACCCUCCAGCCACACCGGACUCCUUUCUUGUCCUGGAACCUAUCAAACUCUUUCCUGUCUCAAGCCUCUGCAGUCCUCUCUGCUUGAACUGUGGCUCCUGCAGAGAAAGCAUCACAAUCUCCGGGGAACUGAUUGGAAAUGCACAUUCUCCAGCCCCGCCCAGACCUCCUGAAUCAGAAACCCUGGGGUGGGCCAAGCAAGCCAUGCUUUCCGGGGCACAGGUGAUUCUGAUGUGUGCUGAAGUUUAA